AUGUCCUUUUCCCACUGUUUGCCAGCAUUGCCCAAGGAGGAGAUCACCCCGAAGCCAAAGAAGAGGAAAGAAAAACGGCUGAGUGACAUCAAACUUGACAAACCGACAGGCGACGACGAACCUGUUACAAAAGUCGACACAGCCGCUUUGGCCAAGAAAGUCCGUGACUGGCAGAAGAAUACUGUGAUGGGUUCUUGCUUGGAUGGUUCUACUUUGGAACACCUGGGUGUAGCGGAGAAGACGCUGUCUGAGGAAUCCUGGCUCGCGGUUUCAAAGACUGGUUUGCUUUGCAUCCCAUGCAACCGAGCUUCGCUGAAUGGGGCAUGGUCUGAUGGAACUGCAGGCAGUGAUGUAAAAGACCUGCGGCUUUGGUUUGUUACCAAGCAUGCCAAGAGCAAAAGUCAUGUCCAGGCAGUGAAGCAGAUGUUGAAAGUGAACGCAGGGCCUGCGGGGGCCCCCGCCCUUUCAGAGUUUGAAGAUGUCUUAGACCAACUUCAAUCGGGAUCCUCACUCAGAGGCACGUCCAAAUCAUCUUUCUCAGACAAAGUCGCUCUCAUUGCCUGGAGCCUCCAAGAAGCUGCAUUGUGUGAGAUUAGGGAGCAUCUCAGAAAUGCUCAAACUUUGUCUUUGACCAGGGACGCGCGACGCCAGCGCCUCCUGAUCCGAUUUGGAUCAUGUGAUGGGAAAGGAAACAGCCAUGCCGGCAUCUUGGGAUUAGUUCGGGAUUUUGGGGACAAUGCGGGUGAGAUCGUCAAAGCCACUCGACAUAUUUUGAAGCGGGUAUGUACCUCCUGGGGGGCGCCUCCACGGUGGUAUCACGGACCGCCGGCCUAUUUCAAUGAGGAACUCUUCAACUAUGUUCGGGAACACAUUGAAUUGCUGACAACCGAUGCGGCUGCUAAUGAAAUCCUGGCGAGCAAUAUUGGGGCUGGUCACCGCAGUAGCAAGCUUGAAGGAGACACCGUGGAAACUGCGCUGACUCCAAACUUGAAGAUGAUCGGGAGGGACAAAGCUCACAGUUUCAGGCGGUUGAUGACAAGGCCUUUCAAAUGUGAUGAGUACUUGGAUUCUAUUGUUGAUGAGUUUGUCACAGCCAAAUCUUCAGUGGUGCAGCGGCUGCACAACUCUUGGGACUUAAAGAGGAUCUUGACUGAGGAGAUUGAAGCUGCUGAUCCUGAGCUUGGGACAAACAUGAAAUCUCUGAGGGCAGCUAAGCACCGCUUUGAGAGCUUGGCGGCACCGAUGGGGAGGUGUAUCCUUUAUCUCCCACAGUUCCUAAAGACUAUGCAGCGGAUUUGUGAGUCCAGGGCUGACAAUAUUGCGACUGAGACCAAAGCCUUUCUUCAAGGCUUGACAGCAGAGAAGCUUCUACAGCUCUCAUUACUCGCUGAUGGGCUGGACGAAACAAUGUUGCUUGUCAGGAUUGUGGACGCUGAAAGCGUCGAUGUCGCUAGCUUACCAUUAGACAUACAGGCUUUGGUUGAUCGACUGCAUGGUUUGUUUGGCCCGGAUCGCCUUGCAUUGACAACACCCGGGUACACAAAGUAUAUGACAGACCUCCUGCAACAAGGAAACGUGUCCUACAUUGUCAAAGGACAGGUUCAUCGACUGAGGCUGCCGAAUGCUGCUGCGACAAUGGACCGUUUGUUCCACCGAAUGGGAUGCUGGAUGAAGUUAGUCAUGGAAGUUCUUCGGACGGAAUGGCCAGACUAUACUUUGUUUGCUUCACUGGGCAUCUUUGGAUUGGCUAAGACUACGGCUAAGACAACAAUGGCUGUGACUGAGUUCUCGGUUGAUGAUACAACAUCAGGACGGGAUCGAACAGAUGAACGCAUUGACAAGGGCCUGAAAAGGCAAACUCCGGAUGGUGAGCCAAACACCAUACAAGCAUGGCUGCGGAAGAGGAGACGAGGAGUUGACCAUGCCAUUCAAAGUGUUGAGAACUUGGACUGGGACCUUGAAGGAGUUGAGCAAAGUGCAGAAUGGAGUGAGUGGCAUGAGGGUGAGAAGCAAUUUCAGAAAGACAAGCAAAUGAAGCUGAGGCUUGAGGCCAUUGAAUUUGGCACCUUGGACCUGACUGAUGAUCUCAGGGAUGAAUUCAUGAAACGAAAGGAUGUAGACGCAUUGAAUGACAAAAAGCUGAUUGCAGAUCGCAAAAGGAGAGAGCGGGCAUCACAGAAGACCAAAUUGACACUGGACUGGGAGGCUUGGUCUGGCAUGUCCUUUUGGGUAGAGUCGCAGACCCCUGAGCUGCUCCGAAGAUUGGCGGAGCACAACUUGUCAGUGACGACAGACAGGUGGAUGGCCGAUGGCUUUGUGGUGCAAGAUGCAGCUGAACCCCCUGAACGUGUCCGGUGGAUUGGGUCACUUAUGGGGAAGGUUGUUGUGGACAGUUCUGCAAUCCAAGGCAAAGGUGGUUUGCUCUUGUAUUUUAAGCCAGCCCGGAAGAACAAAAUGAAGCUACACAUUACGAGGGACUUCAAAGACAGUCACAGGGCCAUUUUCAAUUUGAUCAAUCGAGCCUUGCUGUUGCCAAAUUAA